UAUGCGGUUACAGCUUAGCCAGAGCUCCGUCGUUCGGGGUCGUUCCAUCGUUUUGGGCUGACUCAUCUGACCAAAUCUUCGGUUCUAAAUGGUUAUUUCUACAAUAAAACUAAUACACAUCUUGUUAGACAAAUGGAUAUUUAAAUAAGUCCUAUUAGCAACUUCCAUAUUUCGACUAAUAAGACGCAUUGUUACAAAUACGCUCUGUAACGUAGUAACAAAUAAGACACAGUUGACCGUCUAGCUAUAACUUACUCUCUUGCUAGUUAUUUUGCGUUUCAACGCAUUUCGACACAUGGCGGCGACGAUGCAUCGCAAUGUUUUCGCGGCGCGCGCGCAGGUGCGAGGGGCAGGGCGACAGUCGGCCGCCGCGCCCGCUGCCGGACGGACGUGUGUCGCGGUGUGUCAGAGCGAGCGCGGGGGCGGUAAGACCGGUCGCACGACCCAACGACCUUACGUACCGUUCACUCACGCACCUCCCGCGUUAAAACUAAGUGCAUCAACUCACUGGAUUGAUUCUCAUCGCCUCUUUUGGAUAGAUGCAUCUGAUCCACAAGUUUGGAAACUGCAUUCGACAUUUGAGAUAUGUUGGAGCGCAGGCGCCCUCCGCGUGUCGGGCGCGGGCCCGAGCCGCGCGCCGCCGGCAGGUAGCAUGGACUCGCAGCCGGCGGCGCACAGCCCCAGCCACCAGCACAAGCGGCGCCGACUGUCGCUCCUGCUGGACAAGCUCGCCGUGCAGCUCAACAACAACAACAACUACCCCACGCCGCAAUGGCUGCUGCCCGCAGACGACAAGGACGAGGACCUACCCUUAGACCUCAGCCUAAAAUCCGAUCGGGAGACCACGCAAGAGCUGUUCCCCUGCAAAGCAUGCGGACAGACGUUCACCGUCCCCGACCGGUUGACGAAGCACAUCGCGUCUCGUCAUCGAAACAAGAGCGAGGGGGUUCGGGCGUACGAGUGCGAGAUUUGCUCGCGCAAGUUUGCGCGGUCAGACAUGCUGACGCGGCACGCGCGGCUUCACAGCGGGCUAAAGCCGUACGCGUGCGCGGCGUGCGGGCAGGUGUUCUCGCGCUCCGACCACCUGGCCACGCACCAGCGCACGCACACCGGCGAGAAGCCGUACCGCUGCCCGAGCUGCCCGUACGCCGCGUGCCGCCGCGACAUGAUCACGCGCCACAUGCGCACGCACGUGCGACGCGCGCAGCCCGCCUGAACGCGACCACAGCCCAGACUGAUCGUUUCAUUCCAAAGCUAAACUAUUGUUUUAAAACAAAUUGGUGUUUGUUUAGGAGGCUGGUGUGCAGGCUCGGUAAGACAUAUCACAUUGCAAUGCAGAGUCGAGUUGACUGCGAUUGUGUUUCAAUUGCGAAUUUAUUGUUUUCUAAUGCCGCAGCGAUGUCGAAUUGAUCUGUUGAGCGCAAUGCGAUGUGUCUCUUGCCACAGAACUUUGAAGUAUCGCCGACCUCUCACCCGACUGCGUCAGAAGGGUGAUGUUUUGGUUAUAUUUCGCGAGGAUAAUUCAAAGUUAUUAUAUUAUCUAUUGUAAUAUAAAUAGUUAUGUGCCAUUUAUUAUAUUUGUGUUGUAUGCUUUGUAAAUGCCGUUAGUGUUACACUUGUAGUUGGUUCUUAUUUCUAAGUAUAUUAUCUGAAAGCUUAAAAUACAAAGGUUUAAAUAUUUUAGUUGUAAUAUCGAGUUGUGAAGUUCUCUUUAGAUCUCGAAGAAGUUUACUGUUUUACUAAAUUUUAUAUAUUUUUUAAUGAAAACGUUGUUUGUGUUUGGAACUGUUUGGACGAUGGGUAAAACCUGGAAGUUUGAUAUGCAUUUUUCAUAUGAAUCAUCCAUAAAUUAUGUCACACAAAUCACAAUACUUUAUUUACGACGUGACUUUUGAAAGCGUCCUUUUUUCCGGUGUGACAUGACAUAUCUGCUUUACAUCAAUCGAUUGAAGCUAUUUAAGUCCGUUGCUGGACAUAGGCCUCCCCAUGCAGUCGAAGCCAGCGAUAAGGAUAGCCUAAACCCACGCCACGACACGCCAAACCCACAGAGAGCGACGUGUCGCGGGUCAGAUCCCCGUGUGUUCAGCCCUGAGUCUGGGUGUCUUUGCGCAAGUGAAUUGACUGUUUGUGACACUCCUCGCGACACAAGGAUUGAAAUCCUUAAUGUGGGAGUUGUGUAAAGUAAACGAUACUCUACUUAUCAAAAUAUUGUCAAUUUUAUCAAAAUGCUGUCACACACUUUUCGACUCCUUCCUAGAUCACGUGACGUAAUUUAUGCCUGAUUCCUAUUAUAUUUGUAAUUAAGUACAUAGACCAUAGAAUGGUCAACACUUUUUAGAUUUAAUUAUAAUAAAUAAGGACUAUUUAAUUAUUACUAGUAAACGUUAUAACUUCAACUGCCGUUCUUGAUAAAACGUUUAACGAAAUCUUUUGUCUAUAUACAGUUGAUAAUGUAAUUAAUAAAUAUUAUACAGCGGUAGUUUGUGCAGUUGUCGGAGGUAAUCUCAGAAACUGCUCAAUCAAUUUAACGAAUCGACUACUUAGAAAAAGCCACGUUUUCGUCGGCGUCAUAGGGCAUGUAGAUUAAUUGUAAUUUUAUAAUAUACAGUACCGGCGAAUUCGGCCGCGUGAAAUUUCAUAAAAAAAUACUUUAUUUACCUAAAAUAAAAGUAGCCUAAGCUACUCCUUGUUACAUCAGCUACCUGCCAAUAAAAGACUCUUCAAAAUCGGUCCAAUCAUUUCCGAGAUUGACGCGAACGAGCAGAAAGAAUAAAAAUGGUGUGUAUACCGUAUAUAUCAGUCUAGACACUUGACACAAUUUUAUAUAGAUUUUAUUCUCCACAUUAGAUGUACAAAAACCACUAAAUUCGGGAAUGUUUUGAAACUAUCGGAUAUCUGAUUAUCCAUAAACAGUAUAGGAGUUUCCAAUAAUUUCUCGUGUAGCGGAGUUUUAAAAUAUGGGUAUUUUAAAACUCACAGCACUCAGGAGCUUCUACGUUAGUGCGGAUAAUUUGAAAUUAGUCUAAUCGUUACUGAAAAGGAGACUUUCUUACCAUCCCAUCUCUAAAAAAUAUGAAAAACAAUUUAGAAUCUUUUGUAAAUAAUUUUAUGAAAUGAUUAUGUCCUAUAUUAACUUGUAAUAAUCAACUGUUACUUGGAUGUCAAAUAAAAUGUAAGGAGGUUUUUAAUAAACAGUACAAUGUCAAAAUUGUGCCCAUAUAUGGUCAUAACACGACUGGCAAAAAAUCUUGAAGCAAUCACUGCUAUAAGGACAAAGAAAAGAAAAAAACUUGACCCUUACAAAUCAAACUAUGUGCUAACUAAAAACUAUUUGUGUACAAAAUCUCGUCCAAAUCUGUUCAGUGGUUUUAACAAACUUUGACGUUUAUAAUAUUAGAACGACUUUACAAAAUUACCUUUUUGAUGGCUGUAUAAAGACCGAUCACUUUAUCCCGUUUUAUUUGAAUAAAAAAAACAUUCAUAAUUAAAACAAAAUAUAUUGCUCAAGUAUCGUUUGUUCUGCCAAUAAAUUUAAGGUUAUAUUUAAAGUUUGUAUGUUAGAUGUCUACAAGAUUCUUAACUAUAUAGUGCCUAUCAUAACCUCUAAGAUUAAGACUAGUUUUGAGGGCGGGUCAACACUAGCGCCAUCUCUCUUUGACAACUGCAAUCCGUUAAAUUGUUACGUUUCCCUGUAUAAGACUCGGUUGUAUUACGUACUUAAGCUUUGCGAUCGUAUUUUUAGUUGUUUUUAUAAUUAUUGCUGUUUAGAUGUAAGUUUUAUUAAGUACUGUGAUAAUUCUCUUUGAUUUUUGUUUUUUUUUUGGCAAUUUGUAUUGUCUUAAGUUUUUUAAAUAAAUGGAUGUAAGAAUUUUGUUGUUUUAUUGUGAUUAUGUGUGGCAGUUGUCAGUUAGUUGUUUUUAUUGAC